AUGAAUUAACAAUUUGAUACAGAAGACUCCAUUAAUUCUGAUGAAGCUAUCAAAUCAAUUGAAUGUAAAUCUCUUACUCCUAAUUUUCAUUGGGAUUGCAAUGAUAAAAAUACUUCUGUUCAUAACAGAAUGAAUGCAAUCAAUAAUUUGAUGUGUAAAUUUAAAGAGUCAUUGGUUUCCAAAGAUGAAAUAUACACAUAAUCAUCUCCAUUUAAAUCUACAAAUGGUAUUUCAAGUUAAAAUGGAUUACAAUAAAGUGAAAGUCUAUCUUAAACUAUCAAUGUAGAUGAUAUUACUAAAUAAGAUAAAGUACAUUUGGCUAAUUCACGUAAAAGACACAACACUAGAAAUUCUAUUGAAUAAUUUUUAGAGAAGUAAAUUAACUAAAAUCAUCGGAAAAGUCAACCAAAUCUAUAAACUAAUAUGAUAUAAGGUCGUAAACCUAAAAGAUAAAUUUAUGUCACAUAAAUUGUAAAUGAUCAUUGUGAAAUUACAAGUUUUCCAUUCCCUAAACCCUAAAAAUUAUCAAGAAUUAUUUAAAAUAAUGAUGGAUUACAAUCUUAAAGAGGUAGUUCUACAUCUACUCCAAGAGGUAUUCUCAAAUCUAGUUCAUUUGAAGUAUUAAGGAUAGGUAGCAGACCAAGCACUUAAAGUCUUAAUAGUUCUAUGAUAAGAUCAAACAGUAAAAAGGUUUCCUUUGAAUUUACAAGUGAAUAAAUAUUAAAAAUGAAGAAUAACAGAGCCAAUUCAGAUAAUAGUAAAUAUAAUAGAUUGAAAACCAAAUUUAAGAAAUGA